UCACACACCUGAAUGUGAGUCACAUUUCUACCUCAGCAAAUAACUCUCUAUCCCUCUGGGCUUUGCCAAAGGGAAAAAUAAGAAGGUAAGAUGAAUUGAGGCACAAUAUGGAAUUUUGCAGCUAUAGAACUAUCAGAUGCGUCUGUAGUUUCAUUGCGCAUGAAUAAUGAAAAGCAAUAUCAUAUUAAAUAUGCACGUAAGCAUCUGAAUAAUGCAUUUCCCGAGACUAACUGUAUGCCACAGGUGAAAUGCUAUAUCUUGGCACUCUUCAUUGUCAUUUAUGAAAAAAAUAAUAAGCCUCAGUUAUGGAGAGUCCCUUGUAUCUACCUCCUCCUUGCAUAUGGUUGCCUUUGAAAAUAAACUCGACCACACACAAUUACGCACAUACCUAUAACUUGUGCUAUUCUCAAAAGCCGUGACUCAUCCGUGUUUGGCGGUUGUCACUCUCGGAACAUACAUUUUAAGGCUACACAUGAUGUUUGGAGACAGCUGGGGAAAAAUGAGGAAUGGAACAUUUUGCGUUACCAUGUAUCGUUCUAGUCCAAAAUGCCUAAUGUGUCCCCAAAUCGAUUGCAUGGGGAUGACUCCACGGUUUGACGGAAGGCGCAGAGUUCACUUCGUGACAGUGCCCUCCCCUAAGAUCUCCUCCGUGUUUUAAAGGCGAGCAGUGGGUGGUUAUGACGCGCAAACCCGUUCUAAAGGGAUAAGUGGAUGAUGAAACUGAGAUAAAAGCAGAGAUAUUUGUCUCACACAGCAUUUCAGAUUUUUUUUCUCCCGCGCCGCAUUCCGCUGGGUUUUUGCUCCCUCUCUGGAAGAACGGGAAGAUUCGAUGAGAAAAAGUUCAAAUUGUCUGCUUUUAACGCGGAGUACUACUCGCCAGCCACUCCAGAUAUGCAACGGCGACUCACAACAAUGUGGAAUGAUUCUUUCAGCACAUAUGGAAACUCUAACGACUGAAAGAAGAGUGUUUUAAGUAUUAAAAGCGGGAUCUAGGAGAAUGACGGCACCCAAAGAAGCGACGCCGUACUGGGACUAACUUGUGUAGUUUGGAGAAUCCUGUUUUCCCUCUCAACAAUUGACCUUGGAGUCUGCCGUUCCACUUGCGAUUUCAAGAAUACUGUAUUGCGCUAAACUAUCCAGUCUUCCCAGCCUCGAACGUGAAACAUUUGGAUCUACUUCUGCCGAAAUGGAGCUACUUCUGUUUUUCAGUGUAAUAACUUUGCCUCUGGCAAUGCGGCUGCAUGUUGGCAGUGCCGCAGGGUCAUCACUUAACUCUGUCAGCCCGCUGGCGUCUGGGAAGAACAUCGGGAGGCACUCCGCGGAGUGUCGCCAUAUGCUGAAGCAUCUCUACAGCGGGGCACAAGUUGCUGUGCACAUGCCCCCCAACAUCACCGGCCAGUGGGUCUCAUCUAGCUGUGAGGUGAGACCCGGUCCCGAGUUUCUCAUCAGGUCUUACAGUUUCCAUCACAACCACACCUUCCAUGCCUUGCAGUUCUACUACCGGGACAACCACUGCACCGAGCCCACCUACUCCCUCCUCAUCCAGGGGAGUGUGCGUGUGCAGCAGGCCUCUUGGGUCAUCCGUGGAGGCACGGAGGCGGACUACCAGCUCCAUCGCGUACUGCUGGUUUGCCACACAUCAGAGGCGGCGAGAGACCUCAGCGCCAAGUUGAGGCGGGACUGCGGGCAUGAAGAAGCUUUUAAACCCGAAAAAAGCUACGAGCUGUGGGACCACGCGACGGGACGGGACUGCACGGGCCCGCUCGGCUUCAGCAUGCAAGAGCUUCUGCUGCUGCGCGUGGAGAGACACUACAGACACGGAGACCCCGACAGCCAGAGCAAGGAGCUGCUUCUGGGGGACUUGCACACCGACGUGUCCCGGAGGAAAGUCCACAAGCCCUCCAGCUACCAGCCCCCUCUGCAAAGCAUCAAGCAUGACCACGACCACUCGUGCAUCGUUUGCCAGAUUGUGUCUCGCGGGACCCUCCAGCUGCCCCCCAGCCUGCCCCCCAAGGCCAAUGCCCCGGUCCGGGUGCAGGGACACUGGGUGAGCCAGCGCUGCGAGGUGCGCCCCGGCAUCCUCUUCCUCACCCGCCACUUCGUCUUCAACAGAGACGGCCACACCUGGGAGGGCUUCUACCACCACUACUCCGACCCCGUCUGUCGCAUGCCCACCUUCAGCAUGCACGCCAUUGGCCACUACAGCCAAGGGCAGCCCUCCGCCAAGGUCAUGGGCGGCACUGAGUUUGUCUUCACAGUGACCCAGAUGAAGGUGACACCGCUGGACCUGGCCACCACCUCCCUGCUCAACAUCUUCAGCGGUGACGAGUGUGGCCUGGAGGGUUCGUGGCGCCUGGGGGUGGAGCAGGACGUCACCCCCACCGCCGGGUGCGCCGCCCUGGGCAUCCGACUGCCCCACACCGAGCAUGAGCUGUUCCGCGUGGAACGAGACCCCUACGGCCGCCGCCUGCUUUACAACGGCCAGAGGCCCACCAACGGCUCCAGCCCGGAUCAGGCCCAAAAGAGGGCCACGUCCUACCAGCCUGCGCUAAUGCAGUGCUCCCCUGGCAACCACGGGGGCGUUCACACAGGCAGGGAGGGGGACCAGCACUUCAGGCUGGGGAACGGCAGCAGCCGUGGACUAUGGAGCCACCGUGGCUGGUGCUGCCAUGUGUUCCUGCUCUUGUGGGCAAUUAUGAUUUUACAGAUCAUCUAGUUUCGCGGAAGGGCACAAUGGCACAAGGACAUAUGCCUGCUUGUUCAGGCUUUUUUUUUCUUCUCAAGACAAGAGAAUGGAUGGACCAGCCUUGGUCGGUUUCAAAAGAUGUAUAAAAAAGGGAAAGUUCUCUCUGUAUAAGACUUGCUCAUGAAAUGAGCGCGCUGGACCCUUUGUAUUCCGAGGAGGUUCUUGAGAAUAAACAGAUGAAAGGACCUUGUCCUCCAUCUGCAGCUGUGAAGUGGAUGAUGGACAUUGAAAGAAACUGCUCAGCCAUGUUUGGUGCAAUGUUCUCAUCAUGAUCAAGAAGACGACAAGCUCGCGUGCCGAACUGAGAAUACAUAAUAGCAUUGCUACGCUACGUUGUCGUGAGUUCUUGCGGUCGGUGUUAUUUGUUCAAGAUGUUUGCACAAAAGGGAUUUCGCAGAAAGCUGAAAACAAACAUUUAAAUGUUGUACAGAAUGCUUCAGUUUUCAAAACAACGUUAUUUGCCUAAUGCUAGCAAACCACCAAAUCUCUCCAAAUAUACUAACAUCUUGCCUCCUGAAAGUUGGGCAAGCAAAGCUAUUUGUAAAUAGUGUGUUCUGUAUCAAGCUCGUCUUGUGUAUACUCGGGAUACGUGAUUAAGCCUAUGGUUGUCUGUGCUUGUGACAAGAUGGCAUAUUAAAACAGUCCCCUAAUGUGCCACAUACACACGCACACACAUACACAUGUAUUAUACACAAAGACAAGGGCAGGACAAAGGCAAAUGAAGGCGUGUUAAAGAAUGUUAGAUAUUUUUAUUUAAUCUUAUUUCAUGUUAAAUACCAUGGGACAGGAUUGUAAAGCAUGGAGUUCUUCAGUCAACAUUUGCCUCACACAGGUCAGGAUAUCUCAAUUUAUGCAAGGACAACUUUAAAAGAGAACAAACAAUAUCUGGAAGCCUGUUUUUUUGCUUCUGUGUAGUAUCAGAAAAAUAAAUUGUACAGAGGAAGAGGCACCCAUUUCAAGGUGGAGCUUUAACAUUCAUUGAGAAAAAUAAACAUUUUCAGAACUUA